UACAAUGGUAGCCUGUCGGAUUUUCUCGCACUGACCCCCAAUGAUUAAUGCACUAAAGCAUGUGCUGCAGCCAGUUUUACCGACAUCUACGUCUAUGGAGUAACCGUUCUAUCGCAUAGGAAACCUGGUUACUGACUAGUUCUUGGGAGCUUCUUCCUUCUAUGUCACUUGGUAGCCACCGUCAAUAGGGUAUAUAAGGUUGGGUUUCUCCAUUGGCCAGCUCAGAUUUCUGUCAUCCUAUGCUUAUUUUUCUAAUCUUCGCUUUCACCUUCGCACGAUGCGCCUUCACCCAACAGAUAUGGGACGUUUGGGAGACGACCUGGGAUCGUCGUAGUCUGCUUACACGUAAACCGCUUUCAGCCGCAAUCAAUUUUGCGGCCACAGGCGCUUCUCAGAGUACGCGUAUCGCGGUCUCGGACAGCACUGUUUAUCAGACGAUUCUUGGAUUUGGCGCGACCCUUACGGAUGCUUCAGCUAAUCUUCUGAAUGAUUUGAAGGGGAAAAAUUCGAAUAACUACUGGAGUCUUCUGCGUCAGUCGUUCGACAUGACCGAUGGCGCUAAUGCCGCUGGCCUCAGCUAUAUCCGAGUUGCUCUUGGCGCAACCGAUUUUUCUGCUUCGGUCUACAGUUAUGACGAUUCAAACAGCGAUAAUAUUCUAAGUAAUUUCUAUGUGAACAACGCCCCGUGGUAUUUAUUCGCUGUUCUGCGCGAUAUUCUAUCAGUGAAUAGUCGCAUAAUGGUUCAUCUGGUUCCUUGGUCGCCUCCCGCAUGGAUGAAGACGUCAGGAUCGAUGAACGGGGGUUCAUUGAUUGACGGCUACAUCAGCGUCUACCCCACAUAUCUGUUAAAGGCCGUUCAAGGUUUCUCAGGAAAAGGCGUGCCGAUCUACGCUAUCUCAAUUCAAAAUGAACCGCAAUAUAGCACGGAUGGCUAUCCAUCAUGCUGGAUGCCUGCUGCUACAGAAGCUCAGAUUGGGAGGACCUUACGAACGCUUCUUGAUAACAAUGGUUUCUCAAGUGUCAAGGUUAUCGCAUAUGAGCAUAACUGGAACAACGCUGCAACAUACCCUGUCGAGGUCAUGCAAGCAGCUCGAGACGCCUUUGCAGGAGCGUCAUUUCAUUGUUACGAAGGCAGCGUUAGCCUUCAAGAAUCCUUCCACUCUGCAUAUCCAGAUAAGGAAAUCUACUUCACGGAGUGCUCUGGAACGCUCGGUAGCGACUGGUGGCAGGACAUUAAGUGGUAUAUGGACAAUCUUUGGAUAGGAAGUUUAGAACACUGGUCUAAGACUGGUCUGAUGUGGAAUUUUGCUCUUGAUGGUAACGGUAACCCGAGGCUUCCCGGUUCAAACAGCUGUACAGCUGGGUGUCGGGGAGUCGUUACUAUCAAUAAUGAUGGGUCUUACUUUUUCAACCAAGAGUACUAUUCCAUGGCUCAGGCAUCGAAAGCCAUCAUUCCCAAAGAUUGGGGCGGUCCAUUUGGGCAGAGGAUCGGCGUCACAGUCAGCGGUAGCAACAGCUGGACCUUGCGCGUUGGUGCAUAUGCGACUGGUAGACAGUCUGCAAACGAUUGGGUUCGGUAUUCGCUAGUGGUGUUAAACUGGGAUGACAGUGCUUCGUCUUCUUGGAACCCUGUCGCGGUAACGGCCUCUAUUCAGUUCCGAGGGAUGCAGGCCACUUAUACGUUCCCGGUUGGCGUUACCACCCUUUGGUGGUUUGCGGCGCCUUCGUCGUCGAAGCGCAAUGUCCGGUCAGAGUGGAUGUCAACCAACGCGACUUUCACAAAUAGUACUGAUUGUUAAUGCGGACCACGACCGCAGAAUACGUCGUUGCGGCCACGUCUUCUGAGAUCGAGUUGCUGCGGGUGCGCGGAUUUGUUUCACUGAAAUGAAACGCAGUUCUAUUCACUAAAUUUUCGGACCUACUCACUGUACUUCUAGAUAUGUGUAGGUUCUAUUAUAUUCUAUAUCUUAUCUUGCGUGUGACCUGAAAUUAUAUUUCCAUCUCUGAAUCAUAGAUAUCAAU